AUGGCCUUCAACUUCUGCGCCUUCUACACCAACCGCCCUCGCAUUGGCCAUCUCCAAGAUGGCUCCAUCCAGCCUCUCGCCUUCUCCUCGGGCACGCCUCUCGACAAUCUCUACCAGGUCAUCCAGGCCAAAGACAGCAUCAUCCCUUCUGGCGAUGCUAUUCCCCUCUCCUCCGUCACGCUGCUCCCUCCCAUCUCCGGCCGAGACAUCCUGGCAGUAGGCAAGAACUAUACCGAACAUGCUGCUGAAUUCAACCGGUCUGGCUACGACAGUUCAGACAAGGUCGAUCUGCCUUCUCAUCCGGUCAUCUUCACCAAGAGAGCUACGUCGAUCGUGUCUCAUGGCCAUCCGAUUGCUUUUGAUGCCUCGUUUACCCAGACCCUCGACUAUGAGGGUGAACUGGGUGUGAUUAUCGGCAAGGCUGGACGGGGCAUUAAAGACGAUGCCAUGGAUUAUGUCUGGGGAUAUACCAUCAUCAACGAUGUGACUGCUCGUGAGAGACAGCGAGAUCACAAACAGUUCUACAUUGGCAAGUCGGGCGAUACAUACUGCCCGAUGGGCCCCGUGGCGGUUCCUGCAUCUCAACUGCCAGACAUUCUCACAAUCCAGACCUUUGUCAAUGGCGAAGAGAGACAAAAAGCCACCACCGACCAGCUCAUCUUUUCCAUUCCCACCUUGAUCCAGACUCUUUCUGGGGGCAUCACUCUGCAGCCGGGCGAUGUCAUUGCCACUGGAACGCCCGCCGGUGUUGGCUUUGGACAAUCUCCCCCCGUCUUUCUGCAAGCUGGAGAUGAAGUCAAAGUGAGCAUCACCGGUCUAGGAUCGCUGCUCAACCCCGUCAUCGCCAGUGACGCCUCCAUUGCCUCUGUCCCAUCCGAUCUCACUCUCCCUCUAUCCAACGCUCGAUCCGGCUGUCUCACCUCCAUCAACAACAAGUCGCUCUACUAUAAGCAGACCGGACAAGGCUCGCCCAUCGUCUUCAUCCACGGCCUGGGCGGAUCGAUGGAGUACUUUUCGCCUCUCAUCGCUUCUCUGCAGCUGGAUCAGUCGCAUCAGCUGCAUCUGGCGGAUCUGGAGGGCCAUGGUCUCUCGCCAACAUCGCCUCUAUCGACUGUCACUAUUGAGUCGCUGGCGGUCGAUGUCAAAGGUGUCUAUGAUCAUGCGGGCCUGUCCAAAGCCACCCUGGUGGCCCAUUCCAUGGGAUGCAUCGUCGCUUUGCAGUUCGCUCUGCUCUAUCCGGAUCUCAUUGAAAAGCUCGUCCUGAUCGGUCCUCCUCCCAAUCCCCUGCCAGACGCUGCCAUCAACGCCUUUCACAGUCGAGCUGGUUUAGUCCGAGAGCAAGGCAUGACGCCGGUGGUGGAUGCAGUGGUAGGAGCAGGGACAUCUGCUGCCACCAAGUCGAGCAAUCCUCUUGCAGUUACAGCUGUUCGAUUGUCGCUGUUGGGCACGCAUCCAGAAGGAUAUGCCAAAGCAUGCACUGCACUGGCGGGAUGUCAGCAACUGCCUGUGGAGGAGAUCAGCUGUAAGACGUUGAUCAUCACCGGAGAAGAAGACAAAGUGAGUCCAGCGACAGUGUGUGCCUCCUAUGCAGAGAAACUGCACACCGAGACGGUCAUUCUCAAAGAUGUAGGCCACUGGCAUGUAUUCGAGGACGUUUCGGGCGUAUCUGAAGCCAUUCGGGCUUUUCUGUAAUUUAGAGAAAUUAUCGCCGACGCCCGAGAUCCACUCGGCG